CUCAUAAUCUAUAAUCAAUUCUGGGGUUAUCAGUGCCGCAGCAAGGAAACAUCUGGCCUGCAUCUGCAGGGGGGCUGAGGAAGUAGCUGAAGAUUUUGGAGAAAUCAAACCCUGUUAGUUUGAAUGCAAGGCAUAGUUUCUAACGUUGUUGAUCUGAUCGUAGGACAGAGAGCUUAAAUGAGCAAAUCCUUUAUAUAACUUCAAGUUUCAGCUCUCCAUCUGCGGCCAUGUACAGCAGUGGCUACUCUCAGGUCAGCAAGCAGAGCCAGCAGGCGAAGAAAAAGAUGCAGUACCGCUCCAAGAACAAGAGCUGCGGCUACUACAUGCGCAUCGUCUUCUUCUUCUCCUCGCUCAUCCAGUCUCUGAUCAUUGUCAGCCUGGUGCUCUUUCUGCUCUACGGGAAGUCUCCGGACACCGCGUGCACAGCCCGCGCCCUGGACCUGGAGGAGAGCUUCAGCCGCUUGUCCAUCGAGAACGCGGCCCUCCAGCAGCAGCGCAAGGACCUCACCAACAUGCUGAACGCCACAACCACCCACAAGGUUCGCUGUGAGCUUGAUCUGCAGCACCUGCGCCUCCACUGUAACAAAUCCAUUGGGAUCAUGUUGGACUACGAAAAGAAAUUGCAACAGUGUAACAUGGAGCUGCAGGCCAGCAAGUUAAGAGUGAUCAGCCAACCAAUGCCCGGAGUCCCGUGCAACUGUGGAACAAUAACCGAGCAACUCAAGGCCAAACUAGAGCUCCUGGGGUCCAACUUCACUUCAGAGACACGUAAGAUGAGGAUGGACAUGGACCAGACUGCAAAGGAGAGGGACAAUCUCAACCUGGAAGCAAUUCGUCUGCGCAAAGACAAAUCUGCUAAAGAGAAGGAGCUUCAGAACUGUCAGCAGCAAUCAAAAGAGGACAUUUCCAUCAACCUGGGUUCCGUCUCUAAGGUCACCCGUGCACUACUUGACAAGAUCGACUCCGUCUUUCCUAAACACGUCGCUUUCCAGCUCAGCUGUAUAAAACAGCAGGAACACCUUGAGCAGAUUCACAAUAAUUGCACCAGCCUGUCCCGAGAAGUGGAGGGCAAGCUGCAGAAUUACCUGAACGGCGUCGCGCAGCAGCUGUUCAACAUCCAGAUGGAGAACAACCGCUUAAAGUCGGAGAACAGCCUGCUGUACGAUGACUACCGCUGGUGCAGCCAGAAUCGCUCCGGCCUGAUCGAGCAGCACCGGCAGCGCCAGGAGGAGCAGCAGCAGAAGUGGGAUAAGGACAAGGAGAGACUCCUGCUGGAGAAGAUGAAGCUAGAUGGAGAUAUGGAGGUCUUAAAACACACCGUCAGAUAUAAAACUGCGAGAAUCGAUCACGUUGAAGAGCAACUGCGGCGGAUGAAUUUGACGUGCCUGCCAAAGGUUGGACUGCCUAUGUUGCCCCCAAGACCCAUCCCACCAAAUCCACCUGUUUGGAACCGGCCUAUUGGUUUUGACAAUGCAAAAACUGAGGGGGUAGGGUUAGGUCCUGGUUCUGUUGGAACAAAUACAAUGUUGAACACAGGUGGAAUAGGCCCAAAGAAGCCAGAUAUUAAUCAAAGGGACCCCUCGUCAAUGUUUAAACCAUUAGACACAUUUCCAAAGUUUGGGUUAGACGCAAAAAAGCCAGCGACAAACGACAGAAUCUCCAACAGUUUUGGAUCUGGACCGAGAGACCCUAAAGGUGGAUCGAUGCCGGCUCUUCCACCUUGGUUUACCAGCAGUGGCUCUCAACUAGGCCAGAGUAACAGCGAACCAGGAAGAACGUCGGGCGGAAGCAUCUUUGAUAGAAGUGGAUCUCCACCUGGUCAAGGAAGGACAACUGCACUGGGAGGAGGAGGGCAAAGUAGUUUUGCCCAGCACAUUAAAGAUCUACAGCGCCUGAUCAACCCCCCUGGUCCUGAAGAGAAACAGGAUCUUUCAAGAAUCCUGGGUUGAUCCCUCUUUUCACACAAGAUAAGCAAAGAAAAACGUCAGACUUUACAUCCAUAACAGUCUUUAUGUAACUUUUAUGCCAUUGUAAGCAAUCAUAUUUUCUUGUCAUUUAUGGUUAUUAAAGCUGCAUUCUACAGUAAACUGCUAUUGCAUCCACAUGCAUGUAUGAAAGUUAUCAUUUUGCACUUUUAUUUGUAACAUGCAAUGUUUGCAUUUUAAUAUGCUAUCCUAAAGAGGCAAACAGGUUUUUUUGAGACUGUAAACACGUGAAAGUAAAACUUGCCUUAAAGUCAGCCUAUUGUUCUCCUCCCCCCCACUGGUUCAUCAUAAACAAAGCUAUUUAAAAUAUUACCCCACUCAGACCUGGAAGUUAGUGUUUGUCUCUGCGUGCGUCACCUAUUGUGUUGGCUAAUUGUCUUCAAAUGACUCCCCAGCCCCCCAUGAGAGCAUUUACUGGCUCUCCUUGUAUCUGUUUUUUUAAUUGUUCCUGUCAACCUGCUGGAUGAGUUGAGGCAGAUGGAGGAUAAGGGUUCAUGCAAAAAAACAGCGUAAAUGUGCUUCACAAAAGUCCAAAUAAAAUGUUUGAGAAUGACUUGUUUUUUCUGUCGAGCCCAUAAGGAACAGGGGGUUGUUUGUAUAGCCCACUCCCCCCUUUUAUUGUCUAAAUGGACUGUUCUUACAGUAUCACGGCUGUGUUAUUACUGAUGUUUGUGAUCACAUUUCAUUUGCACACCCUGCAGUGGGACAGAGCAGGACAUUGCAUGGGAACGGACAAACAUCCUGCUAAUUUCACUGCAAAGCGACAACAACACAAAAUCAAUCGAAGCCACGCAAAAGCACAUUUGUAUUGGUGCCAAUUAGUAAAUACAGCUCUCCAGUGGCAGGACGUCUCUUUCCUGUCCAAAGUAUUUCCUUUGUUUGACAUGAAGUGUUUUUCCACGUUGGGGAUGUGCAGCACAGUUGCUGGAUGUAAAAAAGGCCACAGGCUGGCAUAGUCUUGUCAUUUCUUUACAAGAUGAAAGAGCAUUAGGACUGUCCCUCUGUGGAAUCUCAAAGGUGCUUCCUUGUUGCACAUGUCCGCUCGGCUCCUGUUAGUCCUGUUUGAACAUUUCAGAUCCUGCAAUUUGCCACCAAACUAAUCUCCGAAAUUUAUGAGAAAAAAAUAGUUAAUUUACAAGUUUUUCUUUACAAGUUUUUGUAAAUGUACAACUUUAAUCUUGUAAUAUUACUUUUUUUUUUGUAGACCCAAAACUCUUUUGUAUUUUUCAUUGAAAACUACACAGGAAUAUUAAAGGCCAUCAGUCUAUAAGCAUUUAAACGUAGUUCAUUGGCACAAAUCCUUAAUCAAUACUCUUAUUUUGGCAUUCACGCUUUUCUGAUUCCAGACAUCAAUGUUCUUAGUUAAUCACAGUCGAGGUUAAAGUCAAAAAAUAAAGUCCCAUUUGUUUGGACAAACAUCUAGGGGUGUGAAAUGUGUUUCUUUGCAUUUGACCCAUCCCCUGUUGAAGUGAUGAGCUGCAGACACAGCCACGCUCGGGAACCAUUUGGUGGUUCAACCCCCCCUAUCCAACCCCUUAAUGCAGAGAGGCACUGGGACCCAUUUUUAGAGGCUUUGGUACGACUCAACCACGGAUUCAAACUCAUAACUUUCUAGUCUCCGAGGGGACACUCUUCCACAAGGCCACUGAACUGGUUCUGAUGCUUCUUUUAUUGCAUUUUUUUUAAGUCGUUCAAAGUGUGUAUCCUAUUUUUUUCCUCUAAUUUUAUAACUUCUCAUGUAUUUUAACGUCUCCGCGCUGCUGGAACAAGUCGUAACAGCGGCACAGCUUAUGUUUGACAUCCAUUCAAUAAAGUCAGUCAUUGUUUUUCA